AAAUGCCGGCCUCGUUCCGGAGGGGAAGGCGCGAGGUUUCCGGGAAGGCACCGGGACCGCCCCUCGGCCCGGCGCUAUAAAGGAGGGAGCAGCGGGACGCGGUCAGCGCUGACCCCGCAGCCGCCCGCAGCGCUCCGAUGGCUCCCGCCGGCCCCCAGCCACUGAUCCUGGCGCUGAUCACUGCUGCCCUGCUUCCAGGGCCCUGCGGUGCCCAGGGAUCCACCUCGGUACUCCCCCAAGAGGCCAUCCUGCCCCGAGGGGGGUCCAUUGAGCUCAACUGUAGCGCCCCUUGUGCAAAGCCUGGUAACCUGGGCCUGGAGACGCCAUUGCCAAAGGUGGAGCUGGCCUCGGGGGACAACUGGACGGUGUUUAAACUGAGCGAAAUCCUGAAGACGAGCAGCCCCAUAUGUUUUGCUGCCUGUGACGGGGCCCAGGUGUCGUCGCAGGCCACCAUCACUGUGUACUGGUUCCCAGAGACCGUGGAGCUGGCCCCCUUGCCCCUCUGGCAUCCGGUGGGCCAGAACCUCACCCUGAGCUGCCUGGUGACUGGUGGGGAGCCUCGGGCCCAGCUCACCUUGGUGCUGCUCCGCGGGGAGGAGGAGCUGAGCCGGCAGCCUGUGCUGGGGGACCCGGCAGUGGUCACAGCCACGGUGCUGGCCAGCAGAAGCGAUCAUGGUGCCAAUUUCUCCUGUGCCACGGAACUGGACCUGCGGCCACACGGGCUAGGGCUGUUCCAGAACACCUCGGCCCCCAGGCGGCUCCAAACCUUCAUCCUGCCGAUGAAUUCCCCGCAACUUUCCAUGCCCAGGGUCGUGGAGACUGGCACCCUGCAGCCCGUGGGUUGCUUUCUGGAUGGACUGUUCCCGGCCUCCGAGGCCCAGAUACACCUGGAGCUGGGCAGUCAGAGGCUGAGCUUCACCACCACCUACAGCAGGGACUCCGUGUCUGCCAUGGCCACUAUCGAGGCAACAGCAGACCUGGAGGGCCCCCAGAACCUGCUGUGUAUGGUCAGUCUGGGGACCCAGAGGCGGCAGACCCAGCAGACUCUGACCAUCUACAGCUUCCCCGGUCCCAACCUGACCCUGAGUGAGCCCGAAGUGUCGGAAGGGAACCUGGUGAUGGUGUCCUGUGAGGCCCUAGCUGGAGCUUGGGUGACCCUGAGCAGCGCCCCAGCCAAGCCACCGUCCUCCAAGGCCCAGCUUCAGGUGAACGCCAGCGCCGAGGAUCAUGGGCGUCGCUUCUCCUGCUCUGCUGGCCUGGAAGUGUCCGGGCAGGUGUUGUACAAGAACCGCACCGUGGAGCUCCGUGUUCUGUAUGGCCCCCGACUAGAUGAGAGAGACUGCUUGGGCAACUGGACUUGGGAAGAGGGGUCUCAUCAGACUCUGAUCUGCCAAGCGAGGGGGAAUCCAGCCCCUCAGCUGAGCUGUAAUCGGAUACACGAUGGCGCUCCGCUGCCCACCGGAGACGUGAGGCCGGUCAAGCGAGAGCAGGCUGGCACCUACCUGUGUCGGGCAGUGAGCUCUCGAGGGGAGGUCAUCCGCGAGGUGGUCCUGAGAGUGAGCUACAACCAGAACAACUUAGUGGUCAUCAUCCUGGUGACCGUUGGACUGAUCUUGGGCACUGUGGCCAUUGGCGCUUACCUGUACAACCGACAGCGAAAGAUCAAGAAGUACAAGCUGCAAAAGGCUCGGGAGGCCUGCGCCAUGAAACUGAACGUGCAAGCCCCGCCCCUGUGCACCCCGCCCACCCCAGGGACCCCCUGCACAGCUGCCAUGCCAUAGAAUUGAACAAAAUGGUGGACGUGUGUGGUCACUUAGUCAUAGCGACUCCUCAGGGUGACAGAGGCCAGGGGCCGUGGCCUCAUGAUGCAGGCCGCAUUUGGAGUCAAGAGAGCAGCACCCCUUGGGCCCUCAAGGCUGCACAGAUAAUCUGUAGCUGUGAGACUGAGCCAAAAGAAGUCAGGAUUGGGACCAGACCUGGAAACUUGACCUGGGCAGACGGAAGGAGAGAUGGAGCUGGAAAUAAUGCAAAUAUGGCCACGUGGGCCCUGAAGCCAGGAAACACUGUAAUCACCUUCUAUUGCAUGUCCUAAGGCCCUGUGGCCCAAGGGCAGAAAUGACCCCAAGUGGAACCUCAGAUGUCCAGCUUUCCUCCGACCUGUGCCAGCUUGGGCCCUGCUGUCUGUUGACUUGUUCUCAGAUCUCCACGAUAAUGUAUUUAUUAUUUUUAAAUAUUUUUCUUACUAUUUAUUGAGUACCUUCCAUGGAGGCUAGAAAGAUGUACAAAAGUAACACUGAUUCCUGCCUUGAUAGAACACCCAGUUUGUCAGAGUUGGCCAAGUCCAGUUGUAUUGACUGUGCUGCAACUGCACAAGAGGAUCUGGUUUAAAAAAAAAAAAAUCAAGGGGCUGGGGA